GCCACAGGCUCCAUUUAGCGAUUGGUAAGUUGUAAUCUAUGAAUCAGAAAUUACCUUUGGAAAAAUUAAUUCAUUGAUUGGCUUUAUUUUAAGUUGUCAAAACAAAAAUACAUACUUUCAGAAUAGUACAUAUUUAAAAAAGUAUUCAUGAGAAAAUAAAUAUAUAAGUUAAAUGUAAAAAAAAUGUAGCCAAAGUGGGGAUUGGAUGAAUGCAUACAAUAUUACUGUAUUCUGUUUUUAUUUUAACAUGACUUAUGUUUUUUAUACAGAGACGGCAAUGAAAGAUCCCCGGAUUGACCGCGCUGUAGGAAUGUGUAAAAAGCUUGUCAGCAGUUUCUCCCACAGCUGGAGGCGUAAAAGGGAGCUAGCACAGGCUCAAAAGGAGCUGAAGCUUCCAGAGCAUGGUCUGAAGACCGAAUGCCCAACAAGGUGGGGAUCAAGGCAGGCGAUGAUCGCAAGAGUCCUGGAACAGCAGAGAGCCAUUUCACAAGUCUUAUCUUCCGACCGAAAAUCACGGCACCUCAUACCAACUUGGCAGGACACUGACGUCCUGGAAGCCAUCAACAAAGCACUUCAACCUUUGAUUGAGUUUACCGAUGCACUGUCCAGUGAGAAAUAUGUCAGCAUUUCUUUUGUGAAGCCAGUCCUCCACCUGUUCAGCUCCUCCAUCCUCAACGUAAGCAAUGAUGCUGCAGACCUGACCAACACAAUCAAAACCAAAAUCCUGACUUACCUGGAAGAAAAAUACAAGGAUCCAGUGACACAAGAACUGCUUGACAUGGCUUGUGCACUUGAUCCACGCUUCAAGCUGAGAUACGUUAGUGAGGAUAGCAUUGCAUCAAUCCAGGACAGAAUCCUAUUUGAGAUGGCUGCCUUUACAAGCAAGGAAAAUGGCCCAGCAGAGCCAAGUGGAGGGACUGAGGAUGCACCAAGUACAUCAAAGAAAAAGAAGACCUUAGGGAGCUUCUUCAAGGUCAGUGGGGCAACCACACCGAGACCCACUCCUCACCAGGAACAACAGGCUGCUGCCACUGAGCUCCGGUCUUACCUACAGUGUGCCAACCUUGACAGUGAAGAGGACCCGCUGGACUGGUGGAGGGAACAUCAAAGACUCUACCCAAAACUUUCAAAACUGGCUAAGAAGUACUUGUCCAUUCCGGCAACAAGUUCCCCAUCAGAGAGGGUCUUUAGCACAGGGGGAGAUGUUGUGACCUGCCUUCGCUCAUCUCUCAAGCCAGAAAAUGUUGACAGGCUGGUUUUUCUUGCCAAAAACCUGUAGGCCUAAUGUCCUAUACCUAGGCCUUUUUUGUUUAAGCUUUAACUCUUUUCGUUGUGUUGCACUUUGAGAUUGCACUCUGCAAAAACAUUCAGUUAGUACUUUAAAAUUUUGAAGUUUUUGGGUUUUUCUUUUGUAUUAUUUAUCAUUUAUUUCAAUUUAAAGUUAUAUUUUUCACUGAGAACUGUUGCCAUACUGUUUGUUUAUAAUUGUGCAAU